UUAACAGUUAACACUUUGGAAUAAGGUUUUGUGAGGAGAGGGCUAUUUUUGGUACCAGUAAUUAAUUUUUAAAUAUAAUUUCUUCGAAUUUAUAUAUUUAUUACUAAGUUGGUUUCCGUAUGGUGCUUACUAGUAAGUCGAUCUAUAUUGCUCCAGAUUUAGGGAGGAAUAAAAAAAACAUACAAGAUGGAUGCAGAAGUGGUUAAAGAGAAUGUAUGGCAAGCGGGAAGUGUAAAAACAAGAUGGGUUGUGCUGGCAGCACUAUGUUCGUGUGUCGCAGUAUUGGUAGCUGCAGUGUGUGAUCAAUCCCUACCUACACCACUUGACCGGUCUGCACCAAAAGACCGCUUCAUAGCUGAGAUUGCAUAUGAGCAUCUGGUCAAUCUCACAUCCAUUGGACCAAGGGUAGCAGGCAGUUAUGAGAAUGAGGUAGCAGCUGUUAAAGUGCUGGUCAAUGCUGCUCGUGGGAUUCAGGCUGCUGCGUCAGCACAUAAUCGUGUUGAGUUUGAUGUAUUCAGGGCUAGUGGUGCCUUUUCACUUACUUUCAUUGAUGGUAUGAGCAACAUAUACCGGGACGUCCAAAGCGUGGUGAUCCGCGUACGAGGGGCCGGGGCCGAAAGCCGAUCCACCCGUCGGAGCGCCCUGUUGCUCAAUUGUCACUAUGACACAGUACCUGAUAGUCCAGGUGCCAGCGACGACGGCGCUGGAUGUGCUGUGGUACUAGAAACACUUAGAGCCCUAGCCGCCUCACCACAUCCGCUACGCCAUGACGUAGUCGGUCUACUCAACGGGGCCGAAGAAAAUAUAAUGCAGGCAUCCCACGCCUUUGUAACUACGCACCGGUGGGCGAAAUCUUUGCGGGCCUUUAUCAAUAUUGAAGCCUGUGGCGCGGGUGGUCGUGAAGUUCUGUUCCAGGCGGGUCCGAAUGACCCCUGGAUGCUCGAGGUAUACGCAGGCGCAGUACCGCACCCGUUUGCAUCAUCUCUAGCCCAGGAGAUGUUCGAGAGCGGACUCAUCCCCGCUGAUACUGAUUUUCGAAUCUUUCGAGACUUCGCUAACAUAUCCGGUGUGGAUCUGGCAUGGAAUAGCAAUGGAUAUGUGUACCACACGAGCCUUGAUACGGCGGAUAAAGUGCCACUCGCCACCUUACAACGCACCGGUGACAACGUGCUUGCGCUCACGCAUGGUCUGCUCAGUAACGAGCGAUUGGAGGCCGCUGCCGAACGUACACGUGCACCAGUGUACUUCGACGUAGUGGGGCGAGUGGUAAUACUUGCGCGGGCGCCUGCCGCCUUCGUAGCCACAAUCUUAGCUUUGGCUACAGUUGUGCUUAAGCUAUACUUAAGCGCCACUCAGGCUAAGCAGCUGUAUAUACCGAGAAUGCGGUGGAUGCGGGUGGUCGGACGUGCGUUGUUGUCGGUGACGCUUGCGCAGUGUUGCGGCCUCGCUGCGUCUAUUGCGGUUGCUCUGGUGUUACAUGUCGGUGGAGCCCGAUUGGCGUUUUAUUCGCGGCCCUGGCUUUUGAUACCGCUCUACUCUGUUCCAGCCGUGGUAGCAUCGUGGUGGGAUGCCCGUCUGACGUGGGGCAAAGCGCAAAGGGGCGGGGGCGUGGCCACAAUAGCACGUGGGGAAUGGACGCUACGGGCUUGGCAUGACGCGCUAUGCCUCGCAGCCGCUAUCUUACUCGCAGCUGGAGCUUCUUUAGGAUUGCGCAGCGCCUUCGUAGUAUUUCUGUGGACGUUACCAGCGGGCGCGGACGUCAUUUGCGUACUCCUUGGCGUACAAGGAGCUCCGCGAGUGGUGUGUGGGGCGUUCGCCGCUGCAUUGCCCGCGCUACAGACCGCAUACCUGGCCGUGGCGUCACUCAAUAUGUUUGUGCCGGUCAUGGGACGCGCUGGGACUUCUCCUCUACCACCAGAUGUGAUAAUGGCAGUACUGGUUGGUGCGCUCACGCUGACGUUGUUCAGUUGGAUGCUGCCGCUCGUAGUUGCUGCUAAACAGCCGCAAAAACUGAUACGACUUGGCUGGGCGGUCACCUUAUGCACGGUCGUACUUGUACUUUGUACUCCACUUGGAUUUCCAUACAGCGAAGCACGACCGCAACGCUUCAUGGUGUUCCACACACGACGAACGGAACACUCACAGACGCCCAGAGACACGUUAUUGUAUUGGCUUCCCGCGUUGGACGCGAACACGCCGCAAUCGGUAUACGCGCACGUGCCCGAAGUGGCGAACGCGCCCGCCGCCUGUUCCGACAAACUCUACUGCGGGGCCCCGUACUACCUCCCCGUCAUAUCCCUGGUGGCCCGCGGCCAUGAACUUCCAGCUCUGGAGGAACCUAAAACGUCACUCAACGCCAGUGCCGAAGUUAUAGGCGAGGGACCGACCCGCGAUUUAAAACUUAAACUGCACGGCCCCAACCAUAUAGUCGUAAUUUUAUCGCCUGUCACCGGAUUUAUCUCGUGGUGUCAGACUGGGGAGUUUAGAAUAAUCCCCCAGCCAGGUCCCGAAUGGAAUAACAGGCAGACCUACUUCCUGUCCCUCCACGACGCUCUGACUCCAGCCCCGUGGGAACUGUUAUGUCGAAUCGAGUCUCACGUUAACGGCUCGAAAUGGGUAGAUGUAUCUGUGGCGGGGCACAGUAUGUCCGGUGAGUCGAAACAUAGUGAAGCGCAUGCGCAGCUGUUGUCGCGCUUUCCGAAUUGGUCCGCUGUUACGGGUUGGGGAGUACAUUUACAUCUCUUUUCGCUAUAGAAGUUUAGAGUGGAAGAGAAUGACAUAUCGCUAGUAUUUACUUGUCUUGCCACGGAUUGGACGUGACAAACAGUGUUAGGACUCGCGGUAAAUUACUAACGGGUCAAAUUAGGUGCAGGCGUAGUGUUGAGGGGUAAGGCAGACGUGGCGUUCUUAAAGAAAUUAUAGUUAAAUGAUUUUGUAUCUGAGAAACUAAAAGUUGGUAGUCAACAGUAACAUUGGUUAAAAUUUUGACCAUCAAUGAAAUUGUAUUGAUAAAAUUCUUUAGUCUUUAGGUUGUAGUAAAUUUACUGUAAAGAAGAGAAUACAGUAGUUUGUCGAAGAUGACAGUAAACUCUAAAACAAAGUUCAAAAAAUGAAGGAAUGUUUUUAUUUAUUACUGUAUGAUUUUUUCUGCUGUAAUUUUUAUUUAGUAAUCUGUGAACAAAACUCAAUGUGUGUCUAAUAUUUUUAAAUAGUGGACUUACCGUGGUACUGGUACUUUUUCAUAGAUACGUAUAAUUCUAUAAAAAGUACAGUUGGCAAGAAAAGUGCCUUAGCAAAUGAUUUAAAACAAAUAAGUGUCAAAACAGUAAGAAAUUUUCCUCGUGUGUCAAUUGUCAACUAAGAAUGUUGCGGAUUAAACCGCGUUUAAUAAUGACAAUUAUAUAAUAAGUAGUUAAAAAUUUAGCUCAGUGUGUGGGUGAUAGGCAGCAGAUUAUUAGAAAAGUGUAAAUUCGAUGCGUAAAAAUGCUAAUUUUCCCGCUAAAUCUUGCAAAGAUCAUUUUGCAAAAGUACUUUGUGACCCCGCGUGUUUUUUUCUAUACAGUUUCAAUUUGUCAAAUAUUACAAGGUUUUAAAAACGAUUUAAGAUUUUUAACUAGUGACUAUAAAACCUAUACAUAUUGUUAGUUUUAAUUCCCGCCAAAACGCGUCUGUCGGCAAGAUGGCGUCGCAACAGACUAUAACAUGGUACGUUAUAACUUGUAAAUACGUAAACGAACAUCAAGUUUUCUACGUGUUCUUUAUUAUUCUGCGAUUACUUCAUAACCCUUUUUAAAGCAAUGUUUUUACAGAUAACUCUAACACUUUAUUUUUCAUACUAUCUAAUAGCCUACACAUGAUUGUGUUACGUUAUUCGUGUGACUCUGAAUACUUAGGUAAUACAAAUUAGGAGUAAUUUAUAUUUAUUAUUAAAUGCGUGUCUUUUAAAUUUGUUUAUCUGACAUUUGUGGCAGUAAUUUAACAUACAAUACUUACAGCAAUAGAAUCCCCAUAGAUAUAUCAUAGUUAUAGAUUAUCUUUAGCAAAAGUACACCAAUAAUUUAAGUAGGUAAUGAACAUAGGCUGUGAACUAAGUAAUAAUAAGUAAGCUUAUUAUUUACUUUGAAAAUCGGCUACUAUGGGCUGGUAGUGAUUCAGCCUUUACCUUGCCAAAGAGAAUUAGACGCGUUCUUCGUUGUACUGUAGCCGUCCAUUUUGUUGUUGCAAUUGUGAGAGUGGUAUAUAUUCUGAACCAAAAAGGUCAUAGGUAUUUUUCCUUUUUUUUUAAUUAAAUGGGUCAGAGGAAUAGAUAAAAAUGUGCCACGAAUAUAAAGGUGCGUUGGAAAGUUUUGCACUUUAAAUCUAUUCCGACUUUAUGUUAAAGCAAUUAUAAAAUUUAACAAUUGUAUCGCACAACCUAUUAUGAUUGAAUUAUUCAAUAUGAAUUUAUAAAAGGGAAUUAGAGAGCGUUCAAGUAUUACGUACCGGGGUGGUUGGUACGUUCUUAAAUACGCGUUACAUCACAUUAUUUUAUGCUUUCACGCAUUUGGUCACGUAACGUUUUACUAGGGGGAAUAUAGAAAAACGUUACCGUGCGUUACAUGGGGGGGGGGGCUCGAAAAUAUUCAAAGUGCGUUACGUUACGUUAUACUUGUACGCUCCCUUUAAUGUAAUCGACCCUAAAAUUGUUGCUAGAAAAUUAGUUUUCGUUUUUUAAAGUAAAACACAGGUUUUACUUCGAUUAUGCACAAAUAAUUAAUAUGCCUAAAUGAAUAUAUAGAUAUUAAUAGGAUUUAUUUUGUCGUGUUGGUAUUUAUGUUGCGUCAAUGUUUUUAUGACACUAGCAAAUAGAGUAGCUUUAGUUAUGUGAAAGAUAUUUUUAAAUUAUUUCAGUAGGUGUUGUGUUAAUCUAUUUCAAAUAUACAAAAAAUAUUUCUAGUGUAGAAGAAUGGGAUGCUUGUUUUUACAAUUGUCCUAUUCUUACUCUUGUUAAUCAGAAUCUAAUGCAAUGAUUUGGUCAAAGCGCCGCGUCGUUGUUAAGAUGCGCGGCAUCCAAAGUAGCCAUGCUGAUAACCAACCUGCGUAAGGAGAUGGCAUUAUAGGAUAAUUUUUAUAAUGGUUAUAUUAAACGUACGACUUUCAUCCCUGAGGUCGUAGGUUCGAUCCCCUGUGCACCAAUAGACUUUCUAUGUGCGCAUUAA